AUGUCUGAUUCUCAAAUGUGUUUUGAAAUAAUGUUUACAUUUGAACGUAUUAUUAAUGAACUUGAUUCAGCUGGUAAUAAUGUUUAUCGUGAAAUAUUUAAAGUUGCUAAAACUCAUCUUUAUGAUCGAGCUAUGUCUUGUUUAAUUGCUUUAAUUAAUCCAAAUAAUUUUACGCAUACAAAUGAACUAGAAGAAAAUGUUACAUUAGAUUUUCGUGCACUUGAUGGUGAUGAUCAUUUAAUUACUGAUGAUUUACUCAAAUGUACGUUAAAUUCAAUUGAAAAUGCAAUACUUAUACUUGUUCAUAUAACAAAUUUAAUUAAACAAUUUAGUCCAAAAUUAAAAGCACCAACAGUUAUGUUUCAUUUACAUUUAUGUGAACUUCUUUCACUUAUAUCAAUUAAAUUUUAUGAAUAA